AUGGCCGAACCACACGUCAAACUCGAUGCUCCACUACCUGCCGAUGCCCUUACGCCUCAACUACGCAUCGUAGCAGCUCUCUUGCUUGCCGUCAUCCUGCUUGGCAUUACUGUUAUCUUUGCUCGUAGGAAGACUUCCGCUCGUGGAGACGCUCUGAUCCUUGCCGGUUGCUCAGAUGGAGGGAAGACCGCGAUCCUCUCUACGCUUGUCUACAAGCAAACUCUUCCCACACAUACCUCCAUGCAUACAAACGUUGCGCAAGUUACGCUUUCGGAGAAGAACAAGGCACUGCGUCUCAUCGACAUACCGGGACACCCUCGUAUCCGCGACCAGCUUUCGGAAUACAUGCCUCACGCCAAAGCUAUCGCAUUUGUCGUAGAUGCAAGCACAAUCUCGCGCAAUUGUCCUGCGGUUGCGGAGCAUCUGCACAUGAUCCUCCACGCUUUGACGUCCCUUCCCCCAUCUCGCGAAACCCCCUCUCUGAGUAUUCUCGCUCACAAAUGCGACCUUCUCAAAGCCACUGCGAGCGCGACGAGCGACCAGCUUGCCAUCAAUCGCGUGAAGACCAUCCUUGAACGUGAACUGGAGAAGCGCAGAGCCUCACAGGUGAACGUUGUAGGCAUCGAAAGUUUGGGCGCAGAGGAGUCUGAGUCGAAGAUGAGUGGGUUGGAAUGCUCUGGGAGUGGUGAGUUCAAGUUCGCGCAGUGGGAGGGCGGGGAGGUUGCAUUUUUUGGCACCUCGGUGAACGUUGGGAAGGCCGCUGCGGUGGCAGAUGAAAAACAUCCCGGGGGCGACGGCUUGUCACCCCUGCGCGAGUGGCUGGAAGACCUCGCGUAG